GGUGUGUGGAUGUUUUGGGUGUACGAUAACGGAGGUCUCAAACGUUUGUUUCACACUACAACUUGGGCUCAAUCAGAAUUGAUCAAUUACUCACUGUGUGCAAAUGUCUGCUCCUUCUGUUGGUUGGGAAAGAAUACGUGAUGUGUAUUACCGUAACAGAGAACUAUACUCCCUUGAUUGGGAUCUGGACGUGCUUCCAAUGCUGUGUGCCAUAUCGAAGAUGACAAGAACAAUUGCAAUGUUCCACUCCAUUGAUGACCAACGCAUUGAGAUAUAUACGAGUUCAUCUCAUCUCAUUGCAAGCAUACCGUGGAAUCCUCAUAUAAGUGGCCGUGUCGUUGGCCUGACCUGGUUCCAAGAGCAACUGUGUGUUCUCUUAGCCAAUGGAAGAAUAAGGUGGUACUAUACUUUCGAGGGAGACUUUGACGAGUUUGAGAUAGGCUGGGAUGCACAUGUUAACGGUAUCGACAACUACGCCGUGACAAGACGUGGCAUUGCGGUCUUGUUAUCAAGUGGUGAUCUUGUAAAGAUGAAUCGAUUGGGUAAAGUUCAAAAAUUGAUGAAUUGCUCGCAUUUGGGAGCGCUGAGAGACUGGUGUGUAAUCCAGGAUAGCAUAAUUGCAUCGUUCGAUCUUGGAGUCUAUAAGAUCGACAACGACUUGACGCUGCUGUCAUCGGAAGGCCCUUUCGAUAAGAUCUGUGCUAGCGCUAAUGGUAAACUUGUUGCCAUGUGGAACAACAGCGGAUUGACGAUAACAACAGCAUCGUUUACCAAGCCUAUAAUGCAAUGGUCUGCGACUCCAAUGCUCCAAAUGGAAUGGAGUGGUGAUGAUGCCGUGGCAUUGAGAUACCAGGACUCGGUGAAAUUGGUUGCACCUGGGGGUGAGUUGGAAUUUUACGUCGAUGACGUUUCCCUCAUCUCAACAGAAUUGGACGGGUUGACGAUCCUAACAACGAACAGGUUAACAUAUCUGUCAAAAGUACCAUCGGCCACGGUGGAUUGUUUUAAAAUUGGAAGUAGAGCUAAGAGUGCCAUAUUGAUUGAUGCCUUGGAAAAGUUGGCAAGAUAUUCUCCAAAGACUAGCGAAAACUUGGAAAUCAUCGGUGACGGUUUGUUCGAUGCUGUGAAGGAGUGCAUUGAUGCCUCUACGGAAGAAUUUGAUCCAUAUUGGCAAAAGAAGUUGCUCAAGGCUGCAAGUUUUGGUAAAGCGGAAUUGGAGAUGAGGCAAUCUUCGCCUUCGUCAACUUUGAGAGAGAUUGUCAAUAUUUGUGACGAAUUGAGAAUAAUCAACGUUGUUAGAGAUGCUGAUAUCGGUCUCUUCUUGACUUACAAAGAAUUUAAAACCAUUGGGAUCACAAAACUCAUAGACCUGUUGGUGAAGAGACAAAAAUUUGCACAGAGCUAUCAAAUAUCGCUGUUGUGCAAAUUGCCUUUGGAUCCAGUCUUCAUCAGCUGGGCAUGCUCUAAGAUCAAGUACAGCAACACAAAUGACGAGAAGCUAUCUCAAGAGAUUAUCUCUAAAUUCCAAUCUUUGAAGAGAAACAGAUACAUUUCGUUUGCACCAAUUGCAACAGUGGCGUUCCAAGAGGGCCGGCUCAAUUUGACAAAGAUCCUGAUCAACUUUGAGACUUUAUUCACCAAACAGAUACCAUUGCUUUUACAGAUGGAGGAGAAUGAACUGGCUUUACAAAAAGCUGUUGAUUCACAAGACAUUGAUCUUAUCAUGGAAACUUUGUUCACUCUAAAGAGCUCGUUAUCGUAUCCACAGUUCUUCAAACUUUUGAACAAUUCCAAAACUGCUGCUAACGUAUUUGAAUACUUCCAUAGGAAUGACAACUCAACAUUGCACGAUUUUUAUAACCAAGCUGACCGUGUUGUUGAUCUGAGCAACUUUGAAAUGGAGUCGAAUAGCUAUAACAACUCUAGUUUACAAGAAGCUAUGGAUAUAUACCAUACUAGGGAUACCUCUGUGAAUAAGAUCUUGGACAGGCAAAUGGCUUUAAACAAGAUCCAGGAUGAGUUGACGGGUGAAUUUAACAUUGAGUUCAAGGGGAAGUCUCUCUCCCAGACCAUUCUAACACUACUGAUGCUAUCGCAACAUUCCAAGGUCAAUGAAGUGGUGAAGAUGUUCAAAUUCAACGACAAGAAGUUAUCGUAUUUGAAACUGGAGCACUACUGCUCUACAAAGAGAUGGGAUGAACUGUUCAACUGGUUACAACAGGGGAAGCAUGGAUUGCCUCCUAGCAAGGUUAUUGACAAGUGUAUUGCGAAUGAUGAAAAGAGGCUUGCACUUAAACUCCUCACCACCUUGAACGUGGGUUACGAUGACAAGGUGGAGUUCUUGUUUAGGCUCAAGGAAUGGAGGCGCAUCAUCGACGAGGCAUCAAAGAAACGCGACGGUGCCACACUCGAUAGGCUAGGCCACAUGAACAUUGACGACCCGAUACUGGCACAAUCCCUUCAAGAUGCAAAGACCCGCGUAUCGACAGGCUCUCGUUUCUUCUAAUAAUAUCAAACAGGGUUUCAACCUUCAAACCGACGCUUUCCCCUGCCCUGUAGAACCUGUGAGCCCAAUGCGGACGUGGACAUCUCAAUGGAUGAGCAGAAACACCGUCCCCCAAUUCGCAAAGCCUAUACGUAAGCGAUGUAGUGUACACGCCCUAUUGUUCUAGAAUCGUUGAGAUCGGGAAAAUCGAGAUUGGGAAAAUUGGCCGAAAGAGGCUUUCCCAC